AUGCUACGUCAUGGCCAAUGCUGCCAUGAAGGCGAACGAGAUGAGCUGAAGGAGCUCACCCAACAUGGCCACAAGCAGGCUGAGGACACAGCGCGUUUCAUCAGCCAGUUGUUUGCCGCAGGAAAGUUGCCCUCGAAGCGUGCCUUGCUGCAUAGCACCAGCAGGCGAGCGCGUGAAACUGCAGCCAAGCUGCCCGUUCACGUCCAGGACCUGGAGGUGUGGAAUGCCGACCUGCUGCGUGAGACUGAUCCAACCAACAAGCCUUUCCGCGCCGAAGAUGUGUUCAACCGCUUGUUUGUUACACCAGAGGCGAGUGAUUCUGACACCCUCGUUAUAGUUGCUCACAACAACAUCAUCCUGUAUAUGCUUAUGCGUGCUGCAGGUGUGCCAAUCGAACGAGCUGCUCAGGCUUGGACUCUUUUCCAUCUCCGCCAUGCUUCGAUUACUCGAGUGGAUGUCAGCUCCCUCGGUACCAAGAAGGUGGUCUCUAUUGGAGCGUCUGCACACAUUGCAGACACGGCAAUCACGUGGAAGAAUGUCACAGGUGCUGACAUGUCUGCGUGGAAAGGAGGAGGCCCAGAGCGGCACAAGUUUGGCGGCCGCAUGCUGGUCUUAGUGAGACAAGCAGGCGGCCAAGGCUCCGGUGCCGAGAUAAGUCAGCAGAUACAAUCUGUUGCAGAUCACGUGAAAAGCCUGAGCGGGUAUAUGAUGUCCGGAAAGGCAGUUGUUGCUUCCACAAGCAGCGCGCAAUCGACAGCUGCGGCGCUGGCUGGCAAGUUCAAAGCCGUGCCACAACUCUUUCCGGAUAGCAUCGCGGAGCAUCCGGAGGCCGGCUUUCUGCAGUUUUUCCAGGCGCCCGAAGAAGGAUCCCGCGACACCGUCAUCAUUGUCGCCGAGGACGGAAUCAAAAGCACUCCGUAUGCCGUGGGGAUUCUUCAAUAA